CUGGUAACUAUGAUAUUAAUUGUGUUUAGCAAAAUCAUACGUGACUAUAUAAGAGGGUUUUAGCACGGCUUUUUGUAAUAAUCGUUUAAAAAAUCUGUUUAAAAGGAAGAACAGCAGCUUCAUCCAGCAUUGUGGGCAAGUUUGUCUCGCUAACACAGUCACAAUGGUUCGGGCGUUGCAUAUUCUUGCAACGUUGCUUGCUCUACAACUCAGUUAUGGAGAUCCCCAACCUGGAUAUCCUGUUCAUCCUCAUUUACCACCUAAAGAUUGUGAACCGUAUCCAGUACACUAUCCUCACCCAAUACCUGAGCCAGCAUGUGAAAUUCCUGUAAUACCACCACCACACUACCCUCAUAUAAUACUCGAACCAGUAUGUGAAAUUCCUGUAUUACCAGUAAUUGUCGGACCAAUCUUGGACUAUGAUGAUUGUGACUAUCCGUAUCCUGGAUAUCCUCAUGGCCCCAUAAAUCCUGGUCCACUACCACCACAUCUACCACUUCCUCAUCAUCUUCCAAUUCCUGAACCAUGUGAUGGUCUACCAGACUGGCUAGUUGCCUGGCCAAAUGAAUGGCCGCGUUAUUUCCCAUGUGGUUGGCCAGAUGAUUGGCCUUGCGAUUUUCCCCUUGGUUUGCCCAAUAACUGGCCUAUUGAUUUUCCACACGGAUUACCACAUGACUGGCCUAAUCACUUCCCACAUGGUUGGCUACCAGAUCAUUUACCACAUGGAUAUCCCAAUGCUUGGCCCUGUGACUGGCCUGAAAACUGGAGGGAUUACUGGCCUGAUUGCUGGCCUAAUUACUGGAAUGACUGUGAACUUCCAAUACCAUUACCACAUGGACAUGGAUAUCCACACGGACCAUACCCAGGACCAGGACCAUAUCCAGGCCCAGGUCCCUUAGGACCAUACCCAGGUCCAGGUCCCUUACCACUACCUCUACCAUACCCACAUCCUUCUUUACCAAUUGAAUCAUGUGAUGUAAUUCCAUAUUCACACGGUUCACCACAUGGCUUGCCUCUUUGUUUUCCACAAGGUUGGCCAAAUGAAUGGCCCAGACAUUUCCCAAAUGGUUGGCCAGACGAUUGGCCUUGCGAUUUUCCCCUUGGUUUGCCCAAUAACUGGCCUAUUGAUUUUCCACACGGCUUACCACAUGACUGGCCUAAUAAUUUCCCACACGGUUGGCCUGUACCCCAUGGAUAUCCCAAUGAGUGGCCCUGUGAAUGGCCUGACAACUGGCAAGAAUACUGGCCAGACUGCUGGCCCAACUAUUGGGAUGGUUGUGAUUACCCCUAUCCGGCUGGUUCAGUUCCUGCUAUACCUCCACCAGUUGAAAGCUGCGAUGUCUUUCCCAAAGAAUUUUCAUUUGGAGUAGCUAGCGGUGCCUACCAUAUUGAAGGGGCCUGGGAUCAGGAUUGCAGAAGCGAAAGCAUUUGGGAUCGUUGGCUUCACACAUGUCCAUCAGUAGUCCUUGAUGGUUCAAAUGGUGAUAUUUCUGCAGAUGCAUACAAUCAUAUUAAGGGAGACAUUGAACUCUUGAACAAUCUAACUGUUAGGCAUUACGUAUUCUCCAUUUCAUGGCCUAGAAUCAUAUACGACGGAUGUGGUGAAGUUAAUCCCUACGGAAUUGAACAUUAUCGUAAGCUUAUUAAGCUAUUAAAACUUAAUCACAUUGAACCAAUCGUAGUUCUCUACUAUGGCGAUCUUCCUCAAGCUCUUCAAGAUCAAGGAGGAUUCCUGUGUCCAUCUUUUGUUGAAUGGUACACUGAAUAUGCAAGAGUUUGUUUCGAAUGCUUUGGAGAUGAUGUUAAAUAUUGGAUAACUUUCCACAAACCAACGGUUAUCUGCAAAGAUGGCUAUGGUCAAGGAACAUUUGCUCCUGGUAUAAACGAUGGACCUGGAAAUUAUGAAUACAUUUGUGGUCACAACCUCCUUAAAGCUCAUGCUGCUGCUUACCAUUUAUACGAUGACUACUACAGACCAUGCCAAAAUGGAAAGAUAUCAAUCACUCUUAACUCCGAUUGGUAUGAACCUCAAUCUUGUUGUGACACUGACUUAUGUGCUUCUGAAACUAAACUUCAAUUCCAAAUUGGUUGGUUUGCCCAUCCUAUUUACCUUGGAGAUUAUCCAGAAGUUAUGAUUGAAAGAAUUCGUCUAAAUUGCGACUACAACGGUUACUACAACGCAAGACUUCCAGUCUUUUCGCACGCAGAAAUCGAAUACAUUAAAGGAACUCAUGACUUCUUCUCCCUUGCCUACGAUUCAGCAUUCUAUGUUACAGCUUGUGUUGACAAUUACUGGGGCAACAUAUGUUAUGAAUCAGAUGUGGGAGUGCAAUUAGUUGGCUGUGAAGGGGAAUUCCUUACCUGUGGAAUUAGAUCACUUCUUGGAUGGAUCAGCAGAAACUACUAUAACCCAUCUGUAUUCAUUACUAAUGACGGAUACGCGUCAUGUUCAAGAGACUGUUAUGAUUGUGAUAGAAUUGAAUAUAUUAAGGCUAUCCUUAGAAAUGUCAGACUUUCAAUGAUUGAGGACUACACCAGAGUAUAUGGAUACACCUACUACAGUUAUAUCGAUGGAUUUGAAUGGAACCUAGUCGAUGGAAGACUAGGUGGAUACACCCUUAAAUAUGGUUUAUAUGAUGUGGAAUUCGACUGCCCUCAGAAGACAAGGACAGCCAGAUCUUCAGCAGCAUACUAUCAACAUCUCGCUUCUACUGGAUGUAUCGACAACCCUUGCCCAAUCCCGUACUGCUACGACUAUAAUUACGACUAUUACCAUUACUAGGUAAUAAUAGUAUGACUAAUAUUAUGUACUUACCUUGGCAAAUGAUUAGAUUUAAUAAACGAGCAUUUUAAAAACCCA